AUUAAGCUACUAAAAAUUUGGGUAGCUAAUUAGUCAGUUGGUUAAGACCUGAAUACCACAACUUACAGUUGGUCUGUAGCCAUCAACAGUCUCCCCAUGUCCGACCUCGGACGGACUACGUGUCGCCUUCCGAGUCAAAAUCUCCCGUGUCUUCGCCGCUCCCUACUCGACAGCCGAUCCCGGCUCUUCUCCUUCCCCCUUCUCCCCGGUAGCCGCCGCCUCUUCCAACUCUCAAAGAGGUCAAGUGAGAUUUCGUCGCCUCCAUCUCCGCCGCCCUCCUCCCUAAAUCUCCUCCCGGGGAAAUCCUACUUCUUCCAGCCGAUCCUUCCAAGGGAGGACGAGAUCUGGCGCGGAGCUUCGCGGACCCUCGCCCUUCGCCGCCUCCAUCCAUGGUGGCGGCUGCCUUUCUCCUCCUUCCCCUCCUCCUCCCCCCGCUUGUCUCCUCCGCGGACGCCGGAUCCGACCCUGCUGCCCUCCUCGAUCGCCAUGAGUCCCAGCUGCGCCGCCUUGAAGCCCUCGUCGAGUCCCUCUACAAUACAGUCGCCACCCUACAGGCCUCCCUCUCAUCCUGCCCCUCCGGUCAAUCCGACCACACCUUCCCGUCGUCCGCUGCGCUCCCCAUGGAUCUGGAGACCGUCACCCCCGUCCUCGCACCGCCACUAGCGCCAGCGGCGCCCGGGAGCGCGGGCGGCCAAUACUCCUCCGGCGUAUCCGUGACCAAGCACAAGACCUCCUGGUCCGAGAGGUUCCAGUUCGCCGCAGCGGCGCGGCUGGAGGCCGCCGCCACCGUUGCCGUCGUGCUCCCGUACGAGGAUCUCGACGGCCUCAGCAAGUACUUCGCCGUCGGCGACACCCGUGGCCAGGUUUAUGUUUUCUCCGCCGCUGGCGAUAUCAUCAUCGAGCUCCCGUCCCUCUCUGGCUCCCCUGUGACCUCCAUGCUCUCCUACCUGUCCUCCCGCCGCAACGAGAGCCUCCUCUUCGCUGGCCACGCCGACGGCUCCGUCACUGCCCACCGGCUCUACGAGUCUGCUGCUAAUAGUGAUGAUUGGCUCACACUCUCGGUUGGUAGCUCCAAACCCUUCAUCCGUGGAUCCCGCGAGUUGGAUUCCCCGUCGAUCUCCGGCCUCGAGGUCCAUCAGGUUGGUCGCGCUCGCUACAUCAUUGCAUCAGAUGGUGGCGGGAGGAUCAGGGUUUUCACGGAGAAUGGCACCCUCUAUGGCACCGCUAUUGCUUCUAGCCCGCCCCUGGCUUUCAUGAAGCAAAGGCUUCUGUUCUUGACCGAGACGGGUGCUGGGUCGCUGGACUUGAGGUCUAUGGUAGUGAGGGAGACUGAAUGCGAGGGGCUAAAUGGCUCCAUUGCCAAAGCUUACUCCUUUGACUCGUCGGAGCGGCUAAAAGCAUAUGGUUUCACUGCUGGAGGUGACCUGGUCCACGUCGUGCUUCUUGGAGAUGUAGCCAAGCUCAAGUGUCGGGUUCGGGCCAUCAGGAAAUCAGAGAUUGAUGGUCCUUUAACGAUCCAAACCAUCAAAGGUUAUCUACUUGUUGCGAGCUAUGACAAGAUCUCGGUGUACAACAUCUCGUCACAGUUCUAUGGCAGGGUCGGGGCACCUCGGCCACUGUUCUCUGUAACGAUCCGUGAGAUCAAGUCCCUGUUCUUGAAUUCAGAAGCUGCUGCAUAUGGGCCAUUAGAUGUGAAGCCAUUGAUAGCUGCAGAUCGUGAAAAGCUUGUGGUUUUGGGGCUUGGUGGAGGGUACAUUGGGAUUUACAGGUCAAAUUUUCCAGUUUUCAGAGUGGAGACUAAUGCUGUCGUGUGGAGUGGUCCUGUUCUUCUGUUUCUUUUGUUUUUGAUUGGUAUAUGGCAGUUCUAUGUGAAGAAAAAGGACUCCUUGGGGUGGACACCAGAGGAGUCCUUCAAUGCUCCGGGUGCCCCAUCGAGUAGUCUCUUGGGUCCUGGAGCCACUGAAAGAGCCUUUGCUGAUGGUGUGAGGGCUGGCGAAUUGAGGGAAUUAAGGGGAGGAGCACUGAGAACUCCAGGUCGAAGGUAUGGGUCUCCUACUCAUUACACUGGAGGACCAGGGAUACCAUAUAGGAGUGGCACUGCAGAUCCUGGUUUUAGAGGUCCAGGGGAGCUGAAGUUUAGAGGGCAGAGCAUGGAACCUGCAGGUUUUGCCAAGAGAAGAGAAACAUUGUUUCCGAACAGCCAAGUUGCAGAUGAUAACAUCGAUUAAGAAUUUCCUUGAUCCAACAAAUCCCCUUGUGAAACUUAUCUGAACACGUUUUGUUGUGUCCUUUGAAAUGUCAUAGCACCAUGGUAAGGUCACACUGUGAGAUUACACAUGUUGCAUCUGCCCAAUAAGCCCAUUUUGUAACAUGCACUGCUUACAAUUAAACUCUACUUUAAGCAAUAUCUAUCAGUGAUCCUUAUCAUUUCA